AUGGCGGAGAUGGGGAGAGAGUGCCUCUCUCCUCCUCCUGACCCUAGCCAUGCGGAUUCAAUGACAUUCUACCCCCCUCCUCGCCCCAGGGACCAGUGAGAGUGAUCCUGGUCCACUCCAGGGAGGCAACCAUGCUCCACAAGAUACAUGAGCAGGUAUCGAUCAAACACCACCCAGCCAUAGAGAAGCAGAAAAAGGCGGAUGCCACAUGCUCUCACACGUCCUGGGACCUGGAAGCCAGACUGGACAGCUUGUUCACUGCCUUCUGGAGAAAGAUGGAGCUUAGUCAACAACAG